GGCGGCGACGACGACGUUGCUCAGUCUUGGGAGUGGGCUCGGCGGCGCAGGCCGACUUGUGCGGAGGUCUAGGCAGGCGGCAGCAGCAGCAGCAGCAGCAGCAGCAGCAGCAGUAGUAGCAGUAGUAGCAGCAGCGGCCGCGGCCCUAGAGAGGCCACCACGCCAUGGGCGGGUGGUAGACAGGCUCCGGCGGGCCAGGGACGACCUUCAUCAGCGGGACCCCGGGGAUUAGGGGCACAUAGGAGGCCCGGGGCGGAGGGGGAGGGGGUCGUCCGGGGCGACGCGGGGCGGGGUCGCCGGCCGUCGGGGGUGUGCAGGAGGCCUGGGCCGCCGCGAGGAGCCGCCGCCGCCGGCCGCCGGGCCCCGCCGCCGGGCCGCUCGACGACGACGCUCCCGCGGGGGCCCCGCCUGAGGAGGACGCGGCGGAGGAUGGAGGAGCGGAAGGAGGAGGGCGAGGCGGAGAUCCAGGAGCACGGGCCCGAGCACUGGUUCUCCAAGUGGGAGCGGCAGUGCCUGGCCGAGGCCGAGCAGGACGAGCAGCUGCCGCCCGAGCUGCAGGAGGAGGCGGCGGCCGCCGCGCAGCCGGAGCACAAGCAGCAGAAGCUGUGGCACCUCUUCCAGAACUCGGCCACCGCCGUGGCCCAGCUCUACAAAGACCGAGUGUGUCAGCAGCCAGGACUUUCUCUCUGGGUCCCCUUCCAAAACGCAGCCACCGCUGUCACCAACCUCUACAAAGAAAGCGUGGAUACCCAUCAGCGAAGUUUUGAUAUUGGAAUUCAGAUUGGCUAUCAGCGACGCAAUAAGGAUGUGUUGGCCUGGGUUAAAAAACGCAGAAGAACUAUUCGUAGAGAAGAUUUGAUCAGCUUCCUGUGUGGAAAGGUUCCUCCACCACGAAACUCUAGAGCUCCCCCAAGACUGACUGUAGUGUCCCCUAACCGAGCUACUCCAACGGAAACUAGCUCAUCUGUAGAGACUGAUUUGCAACCCUUCCGGGAAGCCAUAGCUCUGCAUGGUCUUAGUGGUGCAAUGGCUAGUAUAAGCGUGCGUUCGAGUACCCCAGGCUCUCCUACACAUGUAAGCAGUGGAUCGAAUGCUAGUCGAAGGAGAAAUGGACUCCAUGAUGUCGAUUUGAACACUUUCAUAUCAGAAGAAAUGGCACUCCACUUGGACAAUGGUGGAACUAGAAAGCGUACCUCAGCCCAGUGUGGCGAUGUUAUUACAGACUCACCAACCCAUAAACGCAACAGAAUGAUCUAAACUGCAGACAUUUUCACACCCACCAUGCUGCUUGAAAGCCACUUGAUCCUCAACAUAUACUAUUAUUGCAAAGGAAACAUGAGGCCAUCUUCCCUUGUUCACUGUUUAAGACAAGUGAAUUCUAUAGUGGUUGCCAUGAAAGGAAGUUCUAGGUAUUUACAGUAGAUGCCUCUUGUAACUAUGGCUUUCUCAAAACUAUACUCCUAGCAGAGGACAUCAGAUAAUUGUGUAGUCAUUAGCAAGAUCAUCAUAGGCGAACAUAUAUCCGUUCCAAGGCUAAAAGUGACCUUAACUGUAUUUAUUCUCAAAGGGAAAGGAAAUAUCAGAUGUUUAUUUGGUUAUAGACUGCUUUUUUUCUUCUUCUUUUUUCUUUGUUUGGUCCAUUUCUUGCUGUGUUGAAUAUUUUGCUUCAACAGUAUUGCCAGGUUCCUAAAAUUGUCUAAAAACAUGAUUUGGCUUCCUUGUCAAAUCUGCAGGCUUCUAUUUUUGCAGCCGCACUGUUCUACGCACCUGGUUUCUAUAUAGUAACAGUGCAACUUCUAAUUAUUGGACUAUGUCCUGUUUUUAGUUUUCAAAGCAGUUUUCUAAUUCUGGUGAUUGUGUGAUGUAAAGAGGUGCUAUGAUGGUCAUGCAAUUAAUACUUAAUAUUGAAUCAAUACACAGAACUUUAUUGGAUUCACUUUGUGUGUGUUAGUGCUCUAAAAAUAGCAAUAUUAUUAAACUGCCCCCAGAUUAACCCUGUAGGCUUCAAAUACUCAGUUUAAGACAAGUACUACUUCUAUGCGGGAUACUUUUCCUUAUGACAAAUGGAAACAUGCAGACUGCAUCAAGGUGACCAGAAAGAGAGGGCAUGACCUUUGAGAGUGGGCUUCCUUUUUGGUUCAGUGUUAGCCUGAGGGAGAUGGUUGGGGUAGGUAUUUAUUCUAGUCUUUCAUACCCUGUGUUGCAUUUUUCAUGAUGUCCUACUGUGUUUUCCUUGCAGUGGGUAGAAGAUGAUAGAGCUCUGUUUUGCCUACUACUGAUGUGAUCACAACUUACUUAAAUAGCAAAACCCAACUCUUCCCCUGUCCCUCCAUUCCCUCUCCUCAGGACUGCAGUUUGGAAUCUCAUUCUGGAAAAGAUAAAGUCGCAUGGAGGUUCUCUAGAUGUUAGGUAGACCAAAAUAAAAGUUCUCAAUAGAGUCUUCUUUGGGUAAAUAUAAGACCUCUUGUAGCUACAACGUUUUAGAGCAUGUUUCACCUUCGUUUUUAAUAUCUUGAACUGAAUGAUAGUCUUUUUUUAGAUGAAGAACUGAUGUCAGCCUGCCAGGUACUGUAAUUUAUUCUAUCCUAUUAUUAUAUAUCAAGUAGGACAGUGAAAAAUGUUUCCUUGCAAACUUGUAGUCCAGUAUCAGUUACUUCCUAUUUUUAUCUUUCAAUGACCAUUGCAGAUCAGUGUAAGGGUUUUCCAGUAAUCACUCACAGCACUUUGUUAAAGUUUGCUGUUCCUUCAGCCAUUGAAUACCUUUCUGUGAAGAAACUUUGCUAAGUUACCCAUUAUGGACUGGGUGGGAUGUGAAUGGAAUGUUAGAAAUGUCGUGUGAAUUGGAGUUCUGUGUUCAUCAUAGAUAUAGCCCUUAUUUAAAUCUAUGGAAUUCAUACUCAAACUAGGAAUGACAGUGAGGUAUUUCUAAAUUUUCACAAAAAGUGGAUCAUUUUUUGUUUGACUAUAAUAGCAGGAAAAAUUAUAGCAAUUUGUCAUUUUAUCUGAAACAGACAAGCCUAUGUAUUAUGAAUCCUUUCAAGCUUCCCUUUGGAAUAUACCAAGAAAUGCAUUUGGAAUUAUCUUUGCUUUUCUGACAUUGUAAAUUUAGAUUCUGGAAUCGGGGUUUGGCAGUGUGAUGCUCAUGAGAGGCCAGAACUCCCAUUCCCAAAGGAUUUCGAGAUCGAGGAACACAUAUUUAAUCCCCCUCCCCCCCCCCCCGCCCCCCGCCAUGCCUUGGUUCUAUUUCCUCUUUCCAAGUUGAAUACAAUAUUUUAGGUUGUUUUGUUUAAGUUGGUGCUCUGAAGAUUAAUCUUAGUACCCUUUACUCUCAAUUGUCAAAUUUUGAUAAAAACAUGUGCCAUUUUCUUUGGUAAGAGAAAGCAGGUCUUAAUGUCUGCCAGAACACAAUUUAUAUGCCUUAUUGGCUCCAUUAAACUUUUUAAAAACUUUAGCAUUUGUUACUUUUUUUCCAUUGCAUUAAUCUCAAGUGCUUCUUUGUCACCUAAUUGUCGCCCCUGUCCCUUCUCUGACCCCAUUGCUCAUGUGCCCGAGGACAGAACAACCCUGAGGCCCACUAGUACAAAGAGAAAUGAUUUAUAAUCUCAGGAAGAUUAAUUUUGACAGCUUAGUUCAAAAUCUUUUGGAAGACUUUCUGUGUGCCAGUUUAGAUGCAAAGCAAAUCAUGGAAGAUUACAUACUUCAUACUUACCUGGUCCUUUUUAAAGAUAACAUUUGCCUUUUUAGCCUCUGUUUUUUUGUUGUUGUUUAAUUAAUGGAGACAAGGUCUUGCUAUGUAGCCCAUGCUGGCCUCAAAUUUGCUGGAACUUCCUGUAUGUUGGGAUUACUGGCCUUUUCAGUUUUUGGGGAACAGACUAGGGGGGCUGCAUUUGAAAGCUUACCAGCUUAGUUUGGGGGAACCAGACCUGUCCUGUCAUGAGCCAGAGUCUGGUUCUUUUAGACAGAGCAUCUUCUUAGCUCUCUCCUGUCCUACUUGGCCUGAGCAGGUCAAGUUCUUCUCUACAUUGCAGUGUUCUGAGCAUAGCUGAACAAAGGAACUUUAUUCCAGUGUUGAGUAUUUUAUAGAGCAAAAGCAAUGGGAAGCAUUUGGUAAAUCUAAAGGCUUGCAGUCAAACUCUUAAGUGUGGUUUACCUGACUGGAACAGUGAUGCACACCUUAAGUCAUAAGAGGAAUGAAUCAGUGGGAAAAGUUAAGUGAUGACCGGGCCUGUCUGCAGUUUCAGACAAUAUAUCUGGGUAAUUUUUUGAUGUAAUUAAAAUGAUGUUUAGAUUUCGAAAAACUUGAGUAAUUAUGGCUUUGGGUGUGAAGGUUUCCUCUCUGCAACAGCAAUGAAACAAUGAAAGCAGGGCUGGCUUUUUUUUAGGGGGGAGGUUGGGAUUUGAAUUUAGGGCUUCUGGCUUGCAAAGCAGGCACUCUACCACUUG